ACAGCUAAACGCCAGACAGACAGAGAGACCCGCAGACAGACAGCCACCCUGACACACAUGGACCCUCGCACAGUCGCCCUCCUGCACUGCUUCCUGUUUGCAGUUCUUGUCCAAUCAGCUCCUGUCAGCUCGCCGGCUGACCCCCCACCAGCGUUUAGAGAGGCGGCCGAGCGAGCGAAGACGCUGGUGGAGAAAAUCCUGAGAGACAUCCCCACUGUGCAUAGCGCCACCAUCAACACCGAGGGCCUGAGCCUCGACUCGUCCAGUCAGACCACAAACCUACAGAUGAUGGUGACGUCACUUGGAAUCCCUGCUCCCCCCGUCCUCAAAUCACUGUCCGACAGCUUUACUCUGGACAUGUGUGUGAGUCGGAUGUUGGUGGGCAGCCAGUUGCACCAUGGGCUGCUGGGAGUUCUGUCCGACAAACUGAGUGGACUGAAGGACCUGAGAGCCGAUCUGAGAGACCUGCAGACGCACAUCACCAAGAUGAAAGAGGCGGCUCAGCUCAGCAGUGAUGUUUCCGAUCAGAACCAGAUCCCGGACCUGGCUUCUCGUCUCCAAGGAAACUAUGAGGUCCAGGUGGCGGGCCACGUGACGCUGAUGCAGCUGCGAUCCUUUUGUCACGACCUUAUUCGCAGCCUGAGAGCUGCCAUCGCUUACAGGAGAGCUGGAGGUAAGCGCUAAGCCCCGCCCACCGUGGACGCCACCGCGCUGCAUUUGAGGACACACGGGAGAGUCGGUAAAAUGACCUGCAAGACCUGCUGAGAAACAUUAUUCCUCAUGGAUCGGUUAUUGAUGAAUUUUCUGCACCUGAUGAGACCUAAAAACAGAACUGAUGUGAUACUUCAGCAGAACUCUGUGUUCUCACAUCCUAAAGAACACAACGUACAAAUAGUUUAAAAAAAAUAUAUAGUUAGAUAUGCAACAGACUAAAAAAUAUUGGAUCUUCGAGCAGUGGACAGCCAGAGACUGAACUGUUUUGGGAUCAGUUUGAGACCAACACAGCGUCUUUGAAUCCGAGUCGCAGCACGUUGACAGAACAACCGUCAGGAAUGUGAACACAGAAAGAACUGAUUGUGGCAGUGAUGGAGGAUCUGCAGGUCAGGACCUGCUCGGCUUUCAGCUGACUUACCUUAAGUCCUUCUGCAGCUGCAGAAGACAAAACCUGCAGGUGUCGGAAGAGUUACAAUCCACACAUUUAUAAAGAUCAAGCUGCUGCUCUUUGAUCCCAAAUGAUUCUGAUUAGAGUUUACGUGAAAUUAGCUGUAGGUUAUUUAUGUUGCUUUUAUUUAUUGAUAUUUAUUGAUAAUAUUUAUUGAUGUUGUAUUUAUUUGUUGUUUGUUUACUGACCUGUGUAUGUUUACAUGGAGGCUUUAGAACCAGCACACAGACAGACAGAGACCUUUUUCAAAAGUUUCUGAAGUUGAGCAACAACAGUAAUUAUGUCACAGCAGUGAUGAUGUCACAACAAUGUUGUCAUGUGGAGCUGACUCAGGGGAAUUCACGUUUAUAUAAUAACUGUUUUUACAUAAUAAUGUUUUAUUUAUGUGUUUGUAUUUCAGAUAAAAUGUUAUUUAUCUGAAUGUAUUUUUAAA